AUGCAUCAUCCAUACCUAAAGAGGUGGAAAGUAACACUUUGUAUUGCUUACAAAUUAAUUGGUAAAAUAAUUUUCUUGCAGUUUUAUUCAAUUCUGAGAUUAGCCGUUAACAGUUUUAAGGAGUUUGGAAGUAUUUAUAUUGACGAAAAUAGAAUUUCUUCAUCUUGCUAUCUUGCCUACACCAUCAUCAAUUGGUUACUUUGGUCCGUGCUCUUACUAAUGAGUUUGCUAGUUAUUGGUGCCUUGAUAAAGAAAAUUCGUAAACUACUAAUCCCAUUUUUGAUAUGGAUGGGUGUCGUGAUUAUCGGAGUACCAGCUGCAGAAGUUUGUGUGUUGAUUGCCAUAAAAAAUAUAUCUGUAGCAAUUAGUCUUACUCUACUUACACUCAUNAUGCUUAAAAUUUAUCAGAACAAUUGCUGCUUCAUCUAA